AUGAAUGAACAAAACUUAAAUAAUUCUAAAUUAUCUGGAUUUCUUAAUGUAUGGUGUUUAAUGUGUUCAAGUUCAAUUUGUUUAAUCUACUUAUUUGUUUUAAUUCAUCAUCGGUUUGUUUGUCGAUUUCUUCAACGAAAAUAUCAACAUUUGAAUCGUUUGUCGUCAUUUGGCUUGAAUCAGAAUAAAACAACCACAACAAGUUUUAAUGCAGAGGGUCCAGUUAAUGAACGAAUGAAUGGACCAGGAUUAAUACAAACUUAUGGGUGCUGUGGAAAUUGUGGUGGAUGCCCUGAUCAUGUACUAGUUGUGUAG